AUGCACACCGCUGGGGCGUCCGCAGUCCUCCAGGGGGUCGGCCGCAUGUGCGGUGAUGGUCUCUAUACGGCACCAUCACUCGCUAGCGUCUUCGAGUCUUCCUCAGCCCUCUCCCUGUCCCUACUCACCACCUCCCACCUCCCGAUGAGCGACUCCCCUCCGCGCCCUGCCCCGCCGACCCUCGACUUCACGCAGCAUGUCCUGGAUGACGGACAGGUCGUCAGCACCCAGGAGCGCUUCGUCAAGAUCCCGGCCCCCGCGACUGCCCGACCGACAUCUGAGCAGUUCUUCUCGAGCGUGGACCCGACGAAACCCGACCUCGAGUUCCUCAAGAACCACUUCAUCAAUGAGGGCCGGCUGCGCGAGGAGCAUGCGUUUUACAUCAUCGAGACGGCGACGGAGGUGCUCAGGCUGGAAGGGAACGUGCUGGAGAUCGAUGGCGGCGUGACUAUAUGCGGCGAUAUACACGGCCAAUACUACGAUCUCAUGAAGCUGUUCGAGUUCGGUGGGAAUCCGGCGGAGACGACGUACCUGUUCCUCGGGGACUACGUCGAUCGGGGUUACUUCAGCGUGGAGUGCGUCCUGUACCUCUGGGCGCUCAAGAUUUGGUAUCCGAAGAGCAUCUACCUGCUGCGCGGAAACCACGAGUGCCGGCACCUGACAGACUACUUCACCUUCAAGCUGGAAUGCGCAGGCAAGCACAAGUACUCGGAAGCCCUCUACGACGCGUGCACCGACUCGUUCUGCGCACUCCCGCUGGCUGCGGUCGUCAAUGACCAGUUCUUGUGCAUACACGGUGGGCUGUCGCCGGAGCUGAGGACGGUCGACGACAUCCGGAAAAUCAACAGGUUCAUGGAACCGCCGACGUCGGGCUUGAUGUGCGACAUCCUGUGGUCUGACCCGGCGGAGAACUUUGGCUCGGAGACGACGACGGAUGGGUUUUUGCAUAACCAUGUGCGGGGAUGCAGCUUCUUCUACACGUACAAUGCCGCUUGUGCCUUUCUUGAGCGGAACAAGCUGCUCUCAAUCAUCAGAGCGCACGAAGCACAAGACGCUGGAUACCGGAUGUACAAGAAGGCACGGACGACCGAGUUCCCUGCGGUCAUGACGAUCUUCUCUGCGCCCAACUAUCUGGAUGUAUACAACAACAAAGCGGCCGUUAUCAAGUAUGAAAACAAUGUGAUGAACAUCCGCCAGUUCAAUUGCAGCCCUCACCCGUAUUGGCUGCCAAACUUCAUGGACGUGUUUACCUGGAGCUUGCCGUUCGUCGGAGAGAAGAUUACGGACAUGCUCGUCGCCGUGCUCAACACGUGCACCAAGGAAGAGCUCGAGGAACAAACCGAGUCUGAGACACCCGUGUCCCCGAUCGAGGACAGCAAGGCUCGACAGCAGGUGAUCAAGAACAAGAUCAUGGCGGUCGGCCGGAUGUCGAGGGUGUUCUCGUUACUCAGGGAGGAAUCGGAGAAGGUUUCCGAGCUCAAGAACGUUUCUGGGUCGGCCAGGUUACCGCACGGGACGCUGGCAUCUGGAUCGGAGGGCAUCAAGGCCGCUAUCAGCGGGUUCGAGGACGCCCGCAAAUCGGAUAUCGAGAACGAGCGCCUGCCCCCGGCGUUGUUCGACGUCGGGUCUGAGCAGGGCAAGGCGCUCAUUUCGUCCGCGGUCCUCGAAAAACCGGAGGCGACGCCUGCCUUCCGGCGCGGUCACUCAAGAGGGGCGAGUCUCGGGACGACGACGACCAGUCCGAGUACGCGUAACAGAGGGCUGGAGGAUACGAGGAGCCUGAUUCAGGGUGUUUGGGACGUGGAGGACGGUGCUGGGGCUUAGGUACAUUCGAUUUGGAUUAUAAUGGAGACAACUGUCUUGCUGUGUGUCACUGGAGGCCUGAUCGCGAAAG